AUGGGUCAAGAAGACGACGAAACGACGACGGCAACGAUCAGCAACUCGAUCGCAAAGAGCUUGGAGGUCAUAACCAAUGUGGCCUCCAAAUCCAAAAACCUAAGUGGUCCCUUCAUUAAGGCCCUCAAAAUGGCCACGAUGGAGAUUAGGGAAUCCACUGCGACGUUACUGAGUCGUACGAGAACGGAGGAAACGAGGGCUCUUGAGGCGGCCAAUGCCCGUCUCUCAAAAGAGCUCUCAGACCUAAGAGAGGAGCUCUAUAAUGUGAACACGCCAAGUAAAAACCGAAACAAACAAUGA